AUGCCCGCCAUCCCGCCAUCAGCUCCUCCCGACCCCCAUGUUCGUGCGUCGGACGGCUCUCUCUCGUCCUACCGGCCCACCAGAGCUGACCAGUUGCGCCUGACAGAGUAUCCCACCUUCCUGCACCCCAACUUCGAGGCCGACGCGUUCGCCCAUGCCGUGUUGAACGGCGAGGACUAUCCUCCUCCCGCCGAGGGCGAGGCGCCGCCGACCGGCGCGCCAGCAGGCGGGACGGGCUUCAUGAAGGGCCUCGUCGGCGAGAACGGGCUGGGAGACGUGUCGGCAGCGCUCGCGAGGCUCAACUUUGGCAUCGAGGACCUCAACCGGCAGCUCAAGGGCGAGGUCACCAAGCACCACUCGUCACUGCUGCUGCAGGCGGCGAGCCUCGGCGGGCUCGACAACGACCUGUCGGAGGUGCGACGGGGGCUCGCAGAGGUCGAAGGUGGGGUGACGAGGCUGCAGCGCAAGAUCGCCACCCCGCACCAAUCGCUCGCGUCCUCGCUCCUCCUCCUCACCCGUCUUCGCCGCGCCGCCUCGCUCGCACGCCGCUCUCAGCGGUUCAUGGUGCUCGCGCGCCGCCUCGAGGCGCAAAUGGGCGAAAUUGAUGGAGCUGCGUCCGAGGGAGGAAAGACGGAGCGGGGCGAGCGGGUCGGCGAGCGGCGAGAGAGGGCGAUGGCGGAGGCGGCCCUCACUUUGGCAGAAAUCGAGACGCUCGUCGCGGCGGGAGAAGGUGUCGAGCCGGCCGAGGACGACCCGGAGGCGCUGUUGCCGAUCCGCUCGCUCGUCGCGGUCGAGGCGGCGAUUCCUGCAGUCGAGCUGUCGCGGCAGCACGUCGUGCAGGAGAUGGAGACGUCUGUGCAUCGAGGGCUGUCAGACCUCGACCACCCUCUUCUCGCGUCCUCCUUGCAGACGGCCCACAACCUCCUCGUCCUACCCUCACUCGUCGACAGCCUCCUCGCCGACCUCAACGACCUCGUUCUGCGCUCGGUCAAGGCGUGCUUCGACAUGGCCUCGCUCUCGCGCGAGGUCGGCGGCAAAGAUGGGCCCGUCAACGCCGCGUCGGCCUUUGUGUACAAGUCGCGCACCCGCAACGAGCCGACGCAGGCGACCAUGCCGCAGUGGUCGGCCGUCUUCUGGGGCCGGCUCGAGAACCUCGUCACCGACCUCGGCAGCGUCUGCAUCAAGGUCUACACGCUCGAGAAGGUCCUGCGGCUCAAGAAGGACCAAACGACCCAGACGAGCUUCCUGGACGACGCCAUGACGGUCCUCGACAACAAGCCGAGCGCGCUCUUCUGGACUACGCUCGCGCAGGCGUUCGAGACGCAGGCAAAAGAGUCGGCGCGCUCAUCCUCGUUCAUCCAGACGACCCUCAGCACGGGCUACCCUCGCCUCCUCCGCCUGUUCCAGGAGUUCUUCUCCAAGAUCGCCGUCCACACCGACACGGUCUACACCCUCGCCCAGCAGAGCACCGAGACGGUCCUCGUCCUGCGCGCCAUCCAGCCGUUCGAGACCUUGUACCUCACGCGGUCGACCAACCGGCUCACCGAGGCCGUCACGUCGGCCUUCUCGAUCUCGUCGUCCCUCACCCCGUCCUUCUCGGCUCGACCACCGACCGUCCCGACCGCCAACGAGGGCCUGACGACGGCUCGCUCGAUCGUCAACGAGCUCGACGCGGCGCGCUUCGACCCCCUCCUCGUCAAGGCGGUCGCCAAGGGCGCAAGUCGCGCCGUCGACACGUUCGUCAGCCGGUCCGAGGGCCUUAUCGUGCACGACCACGCCGCCAUGUCGCUCCUCGGCCCGCUCGCGACGCCGUCGCAGCACCAGAACGCCGACCUCACGAGCUCGCUGUACCACCUCUGGCUGCCACUAGAGCGCGCCCUCGCCGACCACACCGACAGCGUCAACGAGAUCCUGCGCCCGUCCGUCGACCGUACUCGGUCGGUCUACCUCGGCAUCAUCAACCCGCUCAUCCUGUCGAUCCGGCGCGAGUACUCGACGCUCCUGUCGCGCAUGCACCGCGUCGACUACUCGAAGGAGGCCGACUCGGCGCACGGGCACGGACCCAUGUCGGUCGGCGGCACGAGCUCGUACAUGACCGACCUCGUCGACAAGCUCGCGCUCGUCAAGGACGAGAUCUUGCGUCGUACCGCGUCGGCGACUUGGCCAAGGAGUGGUGCGGCCCUCGACCUCGCCCGUUUCACCGUCCAGACGUUCCUCCUCCAUGCGUCGCUCGUCCACCCGCUCAGCGAGGCCGGCAAACUCAAGCUCACCUCGGACACGACCGCGCUCGAGUUUGCCAUCUCUCAGUACCUCGCCGGUCACGGUCUCGGGCUCAACAGCAUGGGCGACCAGUUCAAGGCCUUGCGAGCUUUCCGCCCUCUCCUCUUCCUCGACCUCGCCGCGCUCGCCGACCCUGCGCAGACCGCCGACGUCCCGACCCUCAUCCUCGUGCAGCACCUCCUCGCGCGCGCCAACGUCGCCGCCCUCCCGCUCCCGAACGUCCUCCACGGCCGCACCGAGGCCGAGUACGUGCGGUGGCUCAACGAGCAUCGCGAGGAGGAGCGCAUCGGCAUGGUCGAGGGCGUCGUCAGGCGGUGGGAGGAGCAGGGCAAGGAGGGCGGCGACGAGGCGGACAAGGUGGCGGGGCUCGUGCGCAAGGUGCUCGAGCGAGUCGCGCCGCGGUAG